UCAGUCAUGCCUGGAGAGAACAUACACAGUUCCUCCAAAGAAGGAGUAAACUUAACAAAAUCCCUCAUUGCGCGGAGGAACCUGUUUGCCCCAGUGGAGAAAGGGUCCCUGGAGAGCAUAUCCCAGGCCUUGACUUCUCUUCCGGUCCUCCGACUAGACAGGGAGAGAAUCAGCCACAUCCCAGACCUACAAGGUUUAGAACACAUCCACAGCAUCUAUCUGCAACAGAACCAAAUCAAGAAAAUUGAAAACCUGAGCUGCUUGCCCAACUUGAAAAGCGACAAAUUAAAUGAGUUGCCCCAGAGCAUCCGGAUUCUUGAUUUAACAGGAAAUAAAUGCACCAAUCAGAAAGGCUACAGUUCUUGUGUUCUCCUCCUUCCGAGGGAAUCCAUUCUGGCAGCCCUGCCUCACCUGGUAGAACUGGAUGCCCAGCGUGUCCCUGACCGAAAGGCCCCUCCUGCCCAAGGCAGGGAAGAAGCAGAGGGGAAUUCAGAAGACAGCGAUGAGGACAUCCCUGAGCUCUCUCAGCCUCUGAGCACAGAAAAAGACUUCUUUGUUGACCUCCACAAUGAAUUUAUCAGUCGCUCCGAAAGGAGAAGAAGGGAGGCCCUCAGUGAGCACGAAGCCCGUCUGGAGGAGCUGAAGGAGCGGGAGAAUCUGAGAUACCUGCUGCUUAACGCAACCCCCCAGGCCCCAAGUCCGCCAGGCCCUCAAACCCCAACCCUGGAGGCUCCCACAUUCCAAACUGAGUGCCACGGCUCACCUAGCCCAUCUUUAGAAGCAGCAAGUUCCACGUUUCAUGAAGGACUGAGUACACCAAAGGGGAAGGCUAAGGUCAGAAGUCAGAUCCAGGGGAAAACUCUGAAAGGAGAGAUAUCUGGUACAGCUAAAUGUGUGAGAAAAGCAAAGAAAUGACCUUUGCACCAUGAAAUAAAGAAACUCAC